UGACAUCAAAUUUUGCAAUAUACUUCAUAGCAUGCUUUUGGUUGAUGACAGUGCGACAGUGGCUCUUGCUGCUGCCUUACAGCAACAAGUCCCCUGGUUUGAUUCCAGUUUGGACUGCUCAAAAAUAGUCUGCAUUUUGGAACACUCCCACGAGGUCUUUCCUUCUAUCAUCACCAAUCCUUUUUUUUAUCCAAAUGCCAAACUUUCAGUCCCACGUGAAGAUGUGAUGUAACAUUUGAAACCCACCAGCAGAGGGUGUGUGUAUAUGUGUGUGUGUUCACGCGCACCACUCCAUCUGUUCUGUGACCGUAACAAGUUGUCUUUCUAAAAAUGACUCUCACAGAAAUUCGCUCUCUCUUCCACGUGAGGCGAUGGCGAUGAUGAUAAAAGAUGACGCUCUAACUCACGCGUUUGAGUGUGUGUGUGUGUUUGGCAUGAAUGAAUCAGGGAGGCAUCGUGGUCCUCCUCCUCUGUCGUGACAUUCAUUCAGGAGAAAGUGUGUGUGUGUGUGUGUGUGUGUGUGUGAUGUCGCUGACUCACAGGGAAAUUCCUGUGUGGUGGUGGAGGGAGGGAUCAAAUGGACACCCAAGUAUAAUUAGUGUAUUUGAGGACUGCAGCUCACAAGCAGCAGACCCGAGGCCUGAGGUGAUCAACAUAGAGCAGCUCCUGGGAGAAAGAGAGCUUGAUGGAAGCAGAUCCGCACCGACUGACUUAGUGCGCGCCACCUGUUGCCUUUGCGGGACAUCGCCAUGACUUCCGCUUCUCUCCCCGCAGCACUUUUCGCUCUGACCGUCGUCGUCCAUUUCUGUCCAUCAGGCUCGCUGGUCCUCCAGUCGGAAGUUCCCGCGGGCAUCCAACAGGGGGCAGAGUCCCCCAAGUGCGCCUCUUGCACCGUAGGCCAGGUGAGGAAGAACUCCAGCGAUAUGGUCGACGCGGUCAAGCGUCACAUCCUCAACAUGCUCCACCUGAGCACACGACCCAACCUGACGCAAACGCUUCCUCGCGCCGCGGUUCUCAACGCCAUCAAGAAACUGCACGUGGGCCGCGUGGCCAACGACGGCAGCGUGGACGUCCAAGUGGACGGGACCGACCCCGAGGCGCCCGCCGCCGCCGAGGUCAUCGCCUUUGCCGAACCCGGCGAGGCCGGGAACACCCUGACCUUCGACCUCUCCAAGGAAGGCGGUAAGGGGGCGUCGGUGGAGAAGGCCGACCUGUGGAUCUUCCUCAAGGCGUCGAGGGGAAGUCGGGCCAAAGGCAAGGUGAAGCUGCAGCUCCACCAGGCUGAGCGGGACGCGCCCGUCUCGGAGAAGAUGGUGGACACGCGUCGGAGCGGCUGGCACGUCCUGGCCGUGCCGCGCUGCGUUCAGUCCUGGCUGGACCGAGGCGACGGGCCGCUGCGUCUGGGGCUGUCCUGCCCGCUCUGCGCGGGGGCCGGCGCCGCGCCGGUCCUGUCUUCCGCCGGCGGCGACCAAUCCCACCGGCCCUUCCUCAUGGUGGCGCUGCGCGCCGGGGAGGAAGCGGCUCGGCGCCGGACGGCUCGCAGUUUGGAGUGCGACGGCAAAACGCGCACGUGCUGCAAACAGCAAUUCUACGUGAGUUUUCAGGACAUCGGCUGGAGCGACUGGAUUAUCGCGCCGUCCGGUUACCAUGCCAACUACUGCGAGGGAGACUGUCCCAACCACAUGGCGAGCGUCGGCGGCUCGGCGCUCUCCUUCCACACCGCCGUCAUCAACCAGUACCGCAUGAGGGGCUCCGGACCCUUCCAGAAUGUCAAGUCAUGUUGCGUGCCCACGCGGCUGCGCGCCAUGUCCAUGCUGUACUUUGACGACGAGCAGAUGAUCGUCAAAAAAGACAUACGCGAUAUGAUCGUGGACCAGUGCGGCUGCUCGUGAAAACGCACGUGACAGAGCGGAUCAAACGGAGGAUUUGAUCGAGCCGCUCUUUUCCACAUUGGAAAGCAAGCGGGGAGUUCAUCAAAACUGACAAACUAUGAUGUCGUUCAUUUGAUCCCUUUUUCAUUUGGACUUUGUGUCAAAGUCUCGCCGGUGGACGGUUGAACGCUUGCAGACGACCGACUGGACGUCGCAGAGGAAGGAAGCCAAAGAUGGAACGUUGGCUUGUGAGAGAAUUUUCAAAACCCUUCACAUGACAAUGAAGAGUGUUUUGGUGCAUGUCCACCCCCCCCCAACCCCCCGCCCCUUGCCCCCAACGCCCCUCGAUUGACAAGAAGUGGAUGUGCUGGUCAAACGAAAGUUUCCAGACUGAAGAAGCAGGCCAGCCAAAAUUGGUCACCGUGGCAACGAUGUGUUUGUUCACUGACCUACAAACUCAUGGCUGAGUCGAGGACUUGAUCUCAGACAAAGAGGGCAACACAAUGCAUCGUGGGUAGUGGAACAUGUGGCAAUAAUAGCAAUGAAAUAUUCUUAGGAUGGCAUAAUUCUCCCCAAAAGGCAACAUGACGUCUCGUUCCAAAGUGUGUACGUACGCACAGCAUUGUGGAAUGAUUUGACGGCUAAUCGUAUCAAACUUUACGUUCACGACCCUUUUGAUGCACUUUGAACGCACUUUUCUAUCGUGUGCCAAGCACAAGUGGCAAGUGUGGACUUGCACUUCUAUUAGCGCUUUAUCGUCAACUUUGGAAGCAUAGUGCACAAGUAGGUUAGUAAGGCGCCUCGAGGUCACUGAGGUCAAAUGCUGGUGCACUCGCAUGCUCUAGUUAUUCCUCAUAAGACAAGAAAUAUAUACUGUAUAUCUUUUUUUUUACAUGUUGCACAAGAGGGGGAAAAAAAGCUGUUUUAUUACUCUGACAUCAUGUUCCAGUCUUGACUAACUUCCACUCGUGCUGUCUCACUAGUGUGACACCUGCUAAUUUGGGACUGAAAGUGGUCAAAUAAAUGAUUGUUUUGUAGAAA